UCGCCCGCGCCAUUGAUCCGAUUGGAUGGGAAUGAUUCUACAUAUAUGGUGCAUAUAUACACGCAUAUACAUACAACAUACAUACAAAGAAGUUUAUAACAUAAUGGGAGGAAGAAGGGGAGGAGGAGGAAGGCCGUCGUGGCCGGCGCCGCUAGACAGGAAAUCGUCGAUAGAGAGUGAACCGCCCACGCUCAGUGGCGACCAAAUCCAAGUCGCUCGGGAGGCAGCACUUUGUGUGAUGAACAAUGCAAGUGUGGAAGAAGCUGCAAGAAUUUUCACCGAGAUGCGGCUGAACUCAAGGAAUAGUAUGGACAUCAUAUAUGUAAUUUCUUUGGUGCAUGUGGGCAAAUGCUUGUGUGCAGGGAUUAGAAGCAGUAGUUAGUUGUGUACAUGAUGAUGAUUAUGGCGGCAAGAAGCGAACAAGAACAUUCAUUUUCGACUAUAGAGAUGACGGUGAACAAAAAGGCCACCCCCGUGCCCACGCUCCAAUUGCAUCAGCCCAUCCCUUUAGAGACAUCGCAACUGCACCUUUCUAAUUUGGUUGUUCUUCAUAUGAAUAUGAUUAUACAUAGUAUGUACGGAGUAGAAAGUAGUAACAAAGAGGUAAGGCCCUAAUGUGCACUCUUUGUCAUUUGGACACUACCUGAAUCGAAGCUGACCAUAACUUGGAACUGAACUGGUCAGUCGAUAUCAAACCUAAAGUAGGACCAGACAAAACUAUAAAUUGUGGAGAACUGUUUUGUUAGUAAUCUAUAUGAUCACAGGUAGGAGAAUUCGCAACCGAG